CAUAGAAAAUUUCGGAACACAUGGUUAACUUAAGAGUGAGUAGCGCUGUUACAGGAAGCAACUGCAAAGAGGCUCUAAGUCACGUGAUCGUAACAUAGUGUGCUGAAGACAUGGCGGACAAAGAGGAGACAGAAAGGACCAUCGCCGAAGACAUCGUUGUCACCAAGUAUAAAAUGGCCGGUGACAUCGUAAAUCGGGUAUUAAAACAAGUUUUAGAUAAAUGUACUGCUGGAGCAUCUGUAAGAGAAAUUUGUGAGUUUGGAGAUAAAUUAAUAUUGGAUGAAACUAGUAAAAUUUUUAAGAAAGAAAAAGAACUGAAGAAAGGAAUUGCUUUUCCUACAUGCAUAUCUGUUAAUAAUUGCAUAUGUCACUUUUCACCAAUUGCAAGUGAACCAGAUCUUAUUCUUAAAGAUGAAGAUAUGGUAAAAGUAGAUCUUGGAGCACAUGUUGAUGGCUUUAUAGCAGUUGUGGCACAUACUAUUAUUAUAGGUUCUUCACCAACAAAAAAAGUUACUGGUAGAAAAGCAGAUGUAGUGUUAGCUGCACAUUUUGCAUCACAAGCUGCACUUAGGCUUUUACAGCCAGGUACAGAGACUUAUACAAUAACAGAGACAGUAGAAAAGAUUUGCGAUGUUUACAAAUGUAAACCAAUUGAAGGAAUGUUAAGCCAUCAAUUGAAACAAUUUAAAAUAGAUGGAGAAAAAACUAUUAUUCAAAAUCCAAAUGAUGCACAAAAAAAAGAACAUGAAAAAUAUACUCUUGAAGCAUAUGAGGUAUAUGCUAUGGAUGUGCUGGUUAGUACUGGUGAAGGAGUAGGUCGAGAACAGGACACUCGAGUUACUAUAUUUAAAAAAACAGAGGAAACAUAUCAGCUAAAAUUAAAAGCAUCACGCAUGUUUUACUCUGAAGUCACUCAUAAACAUGGUCUUAUGCCAUUUAAUUUACGUACUUUUGAAGAUGAGAAAAAAGCAAAAAUGGCAGUUGUGGAAUGUGUAAAUCAUAGGUUGAUUGAACCAUUUCAAGUACUCUAUGAAAAACCAAAUGAAUUUGCUGCACAAUUUAAAUUUACAGUACUAUUAAUGCACAAUCGACAACAUAAAAUUACCGGAAUUCCUUUAGAUCUUGAUAUUUAUCAAUCAGAAUAUGUUGUUAAAGAUCCUGAAUUGAAGACACUUUUGUAUACCUCAGUACAUCCAAGAACUACAAAAAGGAUGAGAAAGAAGGCUGAGAAAGCUGCAGGUGAAGUGACAAUGGAAGUUGAUGCUAAGGCCUAACACAACCAUUCUAACGUUCUUUAUAACGUAUUAACAUCGUGCACUUUACGUUAUUUUUGGUUGAGCAGCUUCAGAGCAGAAAUUAGACACUUUUCAGCGUCACUGUACCUUAAAUAUUUUUCCUUUGAUUGGAAAGCCAUUGAUAAAUUGUGAUUCUUUAUAUCAUUAUAUAUUUACUAUACCCAUAUUAUUGUUUGUUUAAUUACAUGACUACAUUUACAUUUCUUAAUUCAGGAAGUGCUCGUAUCUGUAUUAGUUUAAAAAAAGUGUCGAGUUCUGCCCUGAAUGAAUCAGACUUUACGACACUUAUUAUGCCACCACUUAUUGACAUUUAUGUUUUUAUACUGGAGUAUCUUUUUCAUGGACCAUGGUAUUAUUAUACACUAAACAAUAAUUAUUCAUAAGUCAUUUUGCAGCUAAUGUAUUACAUUUCAAACACAUGAAAUCUAUUUUGCAAAUGGUCGAAAUAUAAUGAUAUAAUUGUGCAACUUAAUUCGACCAGAAAGUGAAUCGCACGUGCAUUCAUACUGUGUGUUUCUUUCGUAAAAGAAACCAAUAAAAUAUGAUUUUGAUUUUGUAAAUGUUUUUACAAAAUUAUUUCAUACUGAAUGUCUACUUAAUUAUGCUAACAAAAAGAUAUUUUAAUAGAAUCACAAUUAAUACGUUCUACAGUUUCUGAAUGCACUGCCGAACGUGAUAAUUCACUUUGACCCUGAUGCUAGUUUUGCAAUUUUGUGCAUCUUGUGUCUAGUGAAUGAAUAACCAAUAUCAUAAAAAAAUCUGAUUUCUAAUUGUAUAAUUGGAAUUAGAAUGUCCAUAUUGGAAUUCCGUAUAAAUAAUGAAAUGCCAAUGAACUUCGAAGUGUUUCGUUGCAAGAACUUCCAACCGUUAAAAAAUUUUUUAUUCUUAUUCAUUUUGACUUUGUGCAAUUUUAUUGAACAUUGAGAGUAAAUAUUACUCAAAUGAUCAUAGGAGCAUUUUAUGUUAUUCUCAUUCAAGUGAAUGAAGAGAGGAUUAUCUAAGAGCAAAAGAUUCUUGGUCUUAUCAAGGUAAAAAAAGCGAAAAUUAUGAAGUAUUGAUACAAUGUAAUGAUAGUUUUGUAUAAGGAAGAUAGAUAAUGUAUUUGUUCUAGAUAUUUUUUCUACUCAAGUUGUGCAUAUGUCGAAUGUUACCGAGUGUGCUUGUAAAACAAAAGAUGUCUUAGAUUAUUGUACACUGUCCUUCAUUUGCUCUAAUUAGACUAUCUUUUCAUAUUUGAUAUCAUUUAUACUUACAAUAAAAAUAUAAUAAAUAUGUACUAAAAAAUAUUUAUUAAUAUUUUUAUUAUAUAUAGGUAGUAUCAAAUAUAGAAAGAUUGUAUUUAUGCUAUUUUCUUUAAAAUUUUUAAUGAAACAUUAUAUUAAUAAUUGAAACAGAU